AUGGAUGAUUGGUUGAGAAGGGGAUUCGGAAGAAGGAUUUUGUACGGUCAAUCUUUUUUGAUGAGACCUCGAUCCAUACGCUCUUCGGUGCGCUGCGGUGAACACAACAUGUUCUAUGGCUUCAAAUUGUACAGCAUGAAAAAUAUUAUUGGAUUAAAAAUCUGUGUUUAUUUCCAACAAAAAUAUGGGAUGCAAUAA